CGUGGAUAUAUCAACCUUUGUUAUCAAAAAAUGUAACAAUAUUAUUAGAAGCAAUGCUCACAGAAACUGGACAUAGAUAACUACAAAAUUUGAAGAAGCUAUUCAACAACCAAGAUGCCGCAAAAUGAAUAUAUCGAGAAACACAGAAAGUUAUAUGGACGACGUUUGGAUUAUGAAGAGAGAAAAAGAAAACGUGAAGCACGAGAACCUCAUAAACGAGCAGAACGUGCUCGUUCGUUACGUGGUAUCAAAGCUAAAAUCUUUAAUAAAGAACGUCGCAAUGAAAAGAUUCAAAUGAAGAAAAAGAUCAAAGCUCAUGAAGAGAAAAAUGUUAAACAAAUAACGGAAAAACCAUCGGAUGGAGCUGUUCCAGUUUAUCUUCUCGACAGAGAUGUUACCAAACGAGCUAAAGUAUUGUCUAAUAUGAUUAAACAAAAACGAAAGGAAAAAGCUGGCAAAUGGGAUGUACCGAUACCUAAAGUGAAAGCUCAAUCAGAAUCAGAAGUAUUUAGAGUUAUGAGAAGUGGUAAAACCAAACGAAAGUCUUGGAAAAGAAUGGUAACCAAAGUUACAUUUGUCGGUGAAAACUUUACAAGGAAACCACCUAAAUUUGAAAGAUUUAUUAGACCAAUGGCAUUGCGUUUUAAAAAAGCUCACGUUACGCAUCCAGAAUUGAAAGCAACUUUUUGUCUACCGAUUAUAGAUGUUAAAAAAAAUCCUAGCUCUCCUAUGUAUACAAAUUUAGGUGUCAUAACUAAAGGUACUAUUAUCGAAGUAAAUAUCUCAGAAUUAGGUCUUGUAACGCAAUCUGGUAAAGUUGUAUGGGGUAAAUAUGCACAAGUCACAAAUAAUCCAGAAAAUGAUGGUUGUAUCAAUGCUAUAUUACUUGUUUAAUCUAAUUUUAUAAAUUAGGUUUAAUUUAUUUAAAUUAUAUUUUACCGAUGUAUUAUUCUAAUGACAAUUGUAAUAAAGAUAUCUUUAUAAAUAUA